CUUCUAGCAGACUUCAGUCGGCGGACUCAGCACCGCGGAUGAACUUCGCAAAACUUUGCAGCUCGGAAGUUAGCGCAUCUGCUGAAACGCAACGCUAAAGAGGAACUUUUGCUUUUCAGUCGAAGUGAAAAACACAGUUUGGGUGCGGUUCGGGUUGGGGUGUAUUUAAAAUAGCUGCGGUGUGAAGAAGUGCAGACGGAACUAGGUUUCGCGGCGGAGUGGUACUAAAUCCAAAGCGCAACAGACUGCCGGUGCACAGUUCGCCGCUGAGCUCGAGCCAGACGGACCAAGUGCGCUAAAACUGCGGGCUUUGACUCCGAGAUGCUCCUGUGCGCCUUUUAGGAAGCAAAACAACUCAUUUUCAGCUAAAUAACGCUCAGAUAUCCACAGUUUGGGUCGCUUUUUAGGAGCAGCUGCUCCCGUGUUUCGUCCAAACCGACGGACUUCGUGACACUGGACGGACUUAACUGAACUCAAGAUGUCAAUUUUGCCUUUCACUCCCCCCAUCGUCAAAAGACUUCUGGGCUGGAAGAAGGGAGAGCAGAACGGCCAGGAGGAGAAGUGGUGCGAGAAGGCGGUCAAAAGUCUGGUGAAGAAGCUGAAGAAGACGGGACAGCUGGACGAACUGGAGAAAGCCAUCACCACCCAGAAUGUCAACACGAAGUGCAUCACCAUACCGAGGUCUCUGGAUGGCCGUCUACAGGUUUCCCACAGAAAAGGUCUCCCCCACGUCAUCUACUGCCGUCUGUGGCGCUGGCCCGACCUGCAGUCCCACCACGAGCUGCGGGCGGUGGAGCUGUGCGAAUACGCCUUCCACAUGAAGAAAGAUGAAGUGUGCGUCAACCCAUACCACUACCAGAGAGUGGAGACACCCGUGCUCCCACCAGUGCUGGUGCCCAGACACACAGAAAUCCCCAGUGAGUUCCCACCUCUGGAUGACUACAGCCAUUCAAUCCCAGAAAACACCAACUUCCCUGCUGGCAUUGAGCCCCAGAGCAACUACAUACCAGAAACGCCACCACCAGGCUACCUCAGUGAGGAUGGAGAGACCAGCGAUCACCAGAUGACCCACAGCAUGGACACAAGCUCCCCAAACCUGUCACCCAACCCCGUCUCACCCACACACAGCAACUUGGACCUGCAGCCAGUGACAUACUGUGAGCCAGCCUUUUGGUGCUCUAUUUCGUAUUACGAGCUGAACCAGCGAGUAGGAGAGACCUUCCACGCCUCGCAGCCCUCGCUGACAGUCGAUGGCUUCACGGAUCCCUCCAACUCAGAGCGUUUCUGCCUCGGCCUCCUGUCCAACGUCAACCGCAACGCGGCUGUGGAGUUAACACGCAGACACAUCGGCCGUGGUGUGCGGCUGUACUAUAUCGGAGGAGAAGUCUUUGCUGAGUGUCUCAGCGACAGCGCAAUCUUUGUCCAGAGUCCCAACUGUAAUCAGCGUUAUGGCUGGCACCCUGCCACGGUCUGCAAGAUCCCUCCAGGAUGUAACCUGAAGAUCUUCAACAACCAGGAGUUUGCUGCCCUGCUGGCCCAGUCGGUCAACCAAGGGUUUGAAGCUGUGUACCAGCUCACCAGAAUGUGCACCAUCCGCAUGAGCUUCGUCAAGGGCUGGGGAGCCGAGUACAGGCGACAGACAGUGACCAGCACCCCCUGCUGGAUCGAGCUGCACCUGAACGGACCCCUGCAGUGGCUCGACAAGGUGCUCACACAAAUGGGCUCCCCGAGCAUCCGCUGCUCCAGCGUCUCUUAGGGAAACCCUUCAUCCUCUCACUUCCCACACACCCAGUCUCCUGUCAGCGACUAAAAACACACAGACUGCAUGCAGACAAGAACGAUUACACAAGUACUGAAAGACAAUGAGCCCCCCCCACCCUCAUCCAGCCACCGUUACUUUGUCCUCCCUCCCCACCAGCUGUCAGUAGCACUUUUUAUAUACAUGUUGUUUGUGGCAAAAGGGGACAAGUGCAUUAAUGCAGUACCAUGUUAGGAGGAUCUCCACAUUAUGUCCAGAAUUUUUUUUUACUUUGGCAUCAAAGUGCCAGAGAGGCUGUUGAACUUUUGAUGAUUUUUACAUUUUUUGUACAGAUUUAAGGGUGAACCCUGGAUUUAAAAAAAACAAAUCAAAUCUUUUUAAGCAUUAUUCUGAAAUUUGUAAAGCGUAUGUUAGAUCAUGUUAAAUGCAUUUCACGUGACAUUGUUUCUGUAUUUGGGCAUUUGAUAGGUUAUGAAGACAUUUACAAAUGUGAGACCGAAAAUGAGUUACAUGGACAAAAUGAUUAAUCAUCAUUUGUAAACUGAAGUGUGUGUGAAGGAAUUUACAGGUACAGCAGGAAUAUUUUGGGGGGGUGGUUUCAAAGGAAAAUAACAUGAUGUUUAACUGCAUGUUUGAGCUUCCAACUGAAACAACUGACAAAGCAAGGAAUCAGUCAAACUUAACGUUAAAGUUGUUCCUCUCUGUAACCUGUAGCUGUAAACCACACAGUGAUUUGAACCAUGUGCCAGAGGGCGCAGUAGAGCAGACGUGAGUUACAGCUCUUUUAAACUUAAAUGAGUACUUAAAGACAGUGGAAUUCAUCCAGGGUCAUCAGGAGGAUGAUGCACUUUUGUAAAUUAUUCCAGUAAAGCAAUUUUGACAAAGUACAUUCAACGGCAGUUUGCAGCUGCAGUAGUGCUUGUCAGAGGGCUAUGUGAAAUAUAUCCUGCAUUAAUUUCAGGAAGCUUUGCCAAUUUGCAAAAUACUUUUGCAGCUUUGUAUUGAGUAGUAUGUAAUAUAUAUAAUAUGCAUUUACACCGGACUUGAAAACAUCUCACAUACUGUACUAUUCUGCCGACUUUUAGUUAAAAAACAAAUGGAACACACUUGUGUAAUUACUUGUGUGUGCUGCAGAAAGCUUUGAAGUGUAAAGAGAGCAGGAAGAUGCCUUUGCUUUUGUUAAUAUUCUCUCUCAGCAGUCUAUAACAUUGGUCUUAUUUUUAGCCAUGCUGACUUUUUGCACACUCAGGACCGUUAAAAAAACAAAAAAGAGCUGAAUUAUACACAGAAACCAGUGAAAAGGACAGACGCAUGACUCUGGAGACUUUAAAGUCUAUUUUGCUACCAACUAUUUUUGUAGGACAAUGAGGUGAUAACUUUGUCCGCUAAAAGUGUUUUUGCAUGACGUGAUAGAAGAUACUGCUGGCAGGUUUGGAGAUACUAACCUUGUAUUUUUCUACCUGUGAAAAUUAGGCAGUUUCAGUACAAAGCACAGCUUUUUACAAAGGGAAAUGUUUAGAUAAAUAGAAGCAUGUAAAUAACAGUAGCUUCUGAAAAUCUGAUUUUCUUUUUUUUUUUGUCUAUGUACAUUUAGUACAUAUGUGUUGUAAUUUAACCAUUAACCUUCAUAAUGUUUCUGGUUUUGAAAACAGAAGAGCAAAAAAGAUCAAAAAUGAAAGUGGAAAAAAAAAAAAGACGCUUAAUUAAUGUUUGGAAAAGCUAUCGCUGCAAUAGAGAAGUCAUAGCUUUGGUCUCGUUUCCUUUCAGCCACCCACUGUGGUGGAAGUGGAUCGAUUUCCUCCUGCUUCUGUAACACUAGACAAAGACUCAGCGGGUGAGCACGAACAAUAUUUUGAAUCUUUUACAGUGCUUAUUUACAUUAACCCGGCUCUUGAUGUUAAUACCAGCCCAGUGGUGCUAAUCUUUAACAUUUUAGGGACUCAAGAGUAAACAGCGAAGCCAUGAGAUUUUACUGUUAAUGCUGGUAGAUUCUGAUCUCUCUGAGUGACUUUUAAACCCGCCAACUAUAGUGUGGGACUGUUUCAGAAACAGUAGCAUCUACCAAUCUGAGACAAGCCGGCUCUUUUUAGAGCUUUCUAGUGUCCUUGAAUGCAGCAGUCCUAAUUCUGAUGGGCUCUUUAACCACAUAGUCAAUGUAAUUACCCGGUAGGGUUCAUUUUGUCAUUUUUAUACACUCUGCAAGUUAUAGUGCUUGUGCUUCUUUUCCUUUGUUUAAAAAUGUUCACUGUAAUUGUUAUUAGUUGUGAUUUUGCGCUUCUAUGCUCCAAAUUGGUCUUUUUAGAUGUCUUGUAUAAAAUUAUACCCUUUAUUUUUCUUGCCUAUAAAAGUUGAUGUGAUGCUUUGUAUUUUUGUGUAUUAUUGUUGGUCCCUGAAUAAAAUAUAUAUCUUGUGGUGA